AUGGGUAACUUUAUGGAUUUUUCCUUUUUUUUUUAUCACCAAAGACUUGGCGAGUUUCUAGUUUCUGAGCCAUGAGAUAUCGCAGGGCUCACACUAGUGAAUGUCAUAAACCACCCUUUAAAUUUGGGACUCUCUACUCGCUAGGUGGCCAGGUCCUCAACAGGUGUACCCGUAUUGAACCGUAUUAAAGCACGGCUAGGCCAACCUCAUAAGCAUGCGAGUUCGUUCACUGAAAGGGCUAAGAAAAAAUUUGGACGUCAAAAAAUUGGUUUCGUAUACUCGCAUGCUGAGAAGGGUAACCCAGCCGUGCUAACGCGGCGUGUCAGAAAGUGUCCCCGUAUUAAACCCUUAAAAGCACAGCUGGUCGAACUUUUGGCAAUUUUUUAGCCCAGCUGGGCUACCUAUUUUUCUUACACCCGUUGUUCUCUCGUUUUAGCCCCACUGAGAUUGAAAGAACCUCGAAACCACGGGUUUAAAACGAGUACACCCCAGAGAAAUGCGAGGCCGGCGCGAGAAAAAAGCGAGAUGCUUGCGAACUCGUCAAUGUGCCGCCAGUGUCUCGCGUUUAUCUCGGCAGUUAUUCUAAGUGAAUUGUACCUCUUUUGCAAUAUUUCUUGAUAGGCUAAUUCACACAGUAUCAAAAACGAAUUAUGAGAUAGAUACGAUGAAUACUUUUUUUCGGCUUUUUAGUCGUGGUUUUAUCUGUUGUAUUGACAGUAAAUAAUUUUUAAUAUAUUCUAAUUUACUAUAAAUAUGUUCAAAAAGUUCAAAUUAGUUGGAAUUAUCCUUGUCAGUUCGAUACUUUGUUUUCAAGGGUCUUCCAAACCUCGUCUGAAAAGGCAGCUAGUCUUCGCCUUCGGUAUCCUGUUUUGCACGCUGUCCACGGUUACGAGUCAAGGUGCACUUUUUUUUCAUAUCUUCAGUGUAUUCAACAGGCCAAGUCUAGAAAAGGCUUUGAAAAUUUAUCAAAAUAUGCCUUUUGAAAGAACUUUCCAUGAUCUCUUUUUCAUGACGUUAUUGGAAAAGUCCGAAGAUGAAAAGUGAGCGUUUUGUGGACAAAUACGCAUCAACCUUGGAGGAUCGAACCUAGGAAAACGAAUAAUGCAAACGUUUAUCCCUUUUUUGGUUUUCAUUAUUUUGUUUUUUUCGUUCCAUUUUCCUUUGUUGUUUUAUUGUGAGGUUAUAAUGUCCCGACCAGAAAUGAAAACUGCAUGAUUUUUUCAAUUCAUUCUUUUGAAAAAAAAAGUAGUGCGCAUUUAUUGCAUGCCUGUAGGCAAAAUUUUUUGCAGAGCGUCUUUUACGUUUUUGUUCCCUCUAUAGGCAUUCCUCACAAACUUUUGCACACAAAUUUUGCUGAAGAAGCCCUUCAGAUCCAUGAAACACAGGAAAAUGCGAUUUCGCAAUCAAACAUCGAAAUUAAAUUAUUAGCUCUAAACCUUGAAAAUAUGAAACACAAUGUGAUUUUAAGUCAAAUUCUCAAAGAAAACCUCGCCAUUGAAACAUAAAAUUAAAAGCAGUGGAGUUUUUUUGUUAUAGAUAAGUCAGAUUAAAAAUAAUUAGGUAUGACUUUAUGUGGCCGAAACACGUCAUAAAUAACAAAAUAAAAACAAAUCGAAUGAAGAAGAAAUCAUCAUCAAAAUUUAUUGGUCGUUUUAGUCAGAUGGAACCGACUAGGUGGUGAAAAAAUUGCUUUUUUGAGCAGUGCUAACACCGCCUUUGACGAAAAAGAAGUCAAAACGUGUAGUUGAUUGGAUUGAAACCAUGGUCUUACGGUCCUUCGCCUCGUUCUUCCACAAGUAGAUCCCUCAGUUUCGCUGGUACGGGCACGGCGGUGAUGGCGGGGCUCGGGCACGGACCCCGUGUACACUCUAGGGCAGCCUCGGCCGAUUGAGAGAGCUGCCACUUCGAGUGAAGAAGACACACGGAAUAACGAAAAACAAGUAAAAAUUUCCAAUAUACGUUUUCCAAGAUUCAAAUUUUCAAAAAUUUGAAAAAAGCCCACCAGUAUUGUUGCAUAAACAAUUGACGCUCACGAAUAUUCGCGGAAUUGUUCCUAUCAGCAUCAUUUGAAAACUAGAGUCCAUGUACUGUCUUAAAGGCGGUUUGUCAAAAAUUGUUCGGGAUAUCAUAGACAUCUUCGAAUUUUUUUUUUGCGUGUAAAAAAAAGAUUUUCAGCUUGAUAUUUUCAGUGAAAUGUUGCAAAAGAGCUGCGUGGGCAUACCCAACAGGGGAUGCUGUUCCACCAGAGUGCGACUUUUCUCGUUCGAAAUGCACCGAGGGAUCGAUUACAAUGGAACAGCCUUCUUCUUCUUCAGAAAUGCCGACUUUUUUGGGAAAUGCUUUGAGAACUGGCCCUAUAAGCAUACUGGACAACACGAAAGUAGGAAUCAUGAUCCAGCACUUGAUAGAAAUCGUCCAUAAUGGUACAGGUAAGGCUUUUUCGAAAUGGAAAAAUACGAAAAAGUUGAAAAAGUUCUUGAGUUACACGAAAUCAUUCAUCUUUUUAAUGAGUUUAAAGGAAAGGUCCCUUUUAAAGAAUGAAAAAUUUCAAACUGUUACACCGUGACGUCAUGCUACCUUUUUCUGACCAACUCUGCAACACACCGAUGAUUUGGUAAAAUCAAUUCACCCCUAAAAUAUCCUUGUCAUUUUUUGAAAUUUAGGAUGAAAAUUUUGCGAACUUCGGGUAUAUACAUUUUUUUUUUAGUUCUUUUUUCUUUUAAAAAUCUAAAUUAAUGCCGUGUUCGAAGUAAUUUCGGCGAUUUAAAAGUAGAGGCGUUAUUCGUUUAAAAUGAUUUCGGGAAAUAGGCGAAAUUGGUAUUCUGGGAAGGUGAGUCCUUCAACGAUAUACCGUUGGAUAUAGUCUGUUCAGAUUUUGAAUGUCAAGUGCAAUGACGUCAUUCAAAAACACUCUGUGGAUGGCUCGCUCUCCGAUUGGUUUGUCGCACCAUUAGGGGCGGAGCUUGAGCGACGACUUGACAUUCAAAAUCUGAUCAGACUAUACGCAUUUUUACGGUGAGUUUUACGCGCGAAUUUUAACUUUCAGUAAAAAUGGCCAAAUAAUUCUAAAAUUUUGAGUUUCCGCGAAGAAAUUACGGUAAAAAUGCAUAUUUAACGAUAUAUCGUUGUAGGACUCAUUUUUUCUGCGCAUUCUCGGAAUAGCAAUUCUGCCUAUUUUCUGAAUUCAUUUUAAACGAAUAACGCGUCCAUUUUGAAAUCGCCGGUAUUACUUUUUAACACGGCAUCAGUAAGCUUUAAAAAAACCAAUCUUCUAAUAGAAAAAAAUUUGUUCUUUCAGAAAAAAACAAAAAAACUGGAGAAAUGCUUUUUUUCUUUUUUUGUAAUAAUAUGAGACAUUCAUUCGAGUUGAAAUGGAAAUUUCACAAUUUAAAAAGUUACUUUGCAGGUCCGGCUAUUCAUUUGAGGGAGCCCAAUUUGGAUGAUAAAUUUUUCUUUCAAAAAAAAUUGCAAAAAAAUAACAGUGGAUAAUCCUUAUAUAUUCUGCAAAAAUUGGGACCUUAUUCGUCUGGAAAAUAACGUGACGGAAGAAAUAAAGCUCCGGCUGGAGAAAGUGGCCAACAAGGUAAGUUUUUAAAAAAUCGAAAAAUAACAGGUUUUCAAAAAGAAACAACGUAUGAAUGAAUUAACGCCUGGAAAGAGCAAGAAAGAUUAGAGACUACCUCUGACUAGGGAGUUACUCGGGCUCGGGUACGCGUAUCAAGUUGAAACUGAGGUGGCUUUAGAAUUGGGUAAGAGUUCUUAGAUACGAGAGAGAUAAUCUGCUGAACCACAUAAGCUUCUGAGGAAAAGCUUUUCGAAGAAAUCUAGGAAGAUUCUUGUACGCGCUUGGAUCUGAGGCUUGGCUUUCGGGUCAUUCUCACGUUUGAAUUUUUUUGAUAAGUUCGUUUUCUGUCGAGCGCGAGUCAUUUUUUUGAAUUUUUUUCCUUGAAGACUAAAAAAACAUUGAAAAAAAUUACGAAUUUGAAAUUUUUUUCUCAUCAAUAUAAUUUUUUUCAUUUUUUUGAAAAAAAUUCAGGAACAAAUUUCAAGACGCUUGAAAAAAACAAGUUGAGAGGCACCGCAACUGUGCUGAAAAUCACUCUUUUUUUAAUCUUUUCAUUUUUUUAAAGCUAAAAUAAUCAAAAGAAGAACGUUUCCAUUAAUUUUAUGGUUUUUGAAAAAGCUUUUUUUUCUUUAUGAAAAAUGCAAAAAAUAUUUGCCUUCGACAGGAAUGAAACCUAUUAAAAAUUAUCAUGAAAAGAAUCCUCAAGCCACUGCGCCAUAGCUCCUCGAUGUGAGAGGAAGGGCAGGUAUGGCUGAUUCACGACUGGCUUGAGCCACUGAAAAAAGGGUCCUGACACGAUAAUGCGCGAGAUUUCGUGCAUUAUCAGUGCCUGGCUUGUGGAAAGCGCAGACAGGACACGCCCCCUUAGCGUCCCACGCUGGCAGUGAAUCAGCUAUACGUACAGGACUCUUCCUGGAUUUCUUAGAGGAGCUUUUUCUUAGAAACCUAUGGUUCUAGCAGACCUCUCUCGUUUCCAAACGCUUCUACCCAGAUCUAUUAGACACAGAAGUUCCAAUUCGGUACGCUCCCUCUUGAGAACUACUGACUCUACCUCGUAAACAAAUUUUAGAAAUCAAUAUUGAGAAAAGAAACGAACUGAGCAAAAUUUCAACCUUGCUUCCUUUUUUUUUACUUUUCUUUUCCAAACCUCCUAAUUGAUAUCCAUCACGAUAAUCUCCGGAUUCGACCCCAUUGCUUCUUAGUCAGUUAAAAGUUUUCCGUUUGUCACAUGUCAUUUCUAGUCAGACGCUUUUUUGAACGACCUCUUGGAAUUCGCCCAAACUCUGUUUGUUAAACUUGCUAUCACACACCAAAGAACAAGGAACAAUUUCCAAUAUCUCGGAGUCUGUACUAUUCAGACUCUCGCCGUUUGUAAUACUGUUACGACGCCAGCGCCAACGGCAGCACCACUAAACACCACGACGACGUUGACGAUCAGCAGCCUUUCCACGACUUCGAACGACACCGCGGGUGUCCCGCAACAAUGUGCUCAGAGCGUGGCUUCCGCCGCCGCCGCUGCCUCAGCCUCAGCCAAAGAAAAGGAAUGUCCUAGCAAAAGUAAUUUCAAGGGUUUUCGUGUUUUCAACGGUGAACCGAGUUCCAGACGGACUGCUGAUCGGAGCGGUAAUAGUCAUUGUUGUGCUUCUGGUCCUCCUGGGAAUUUCGAUGUACAUCUCCAUCAGGCUCUACUUCUUCAGGAAGGACGAGGACGCCGCUUUUGCCGCAUAUGGUAACUAUAUCAUGUAGUUUAAUUAGGCAAACGCUUGAAAAAAAAUCACAAAAUGUAUUUUAAGCGUUUCCUUAGGUUUUGCACACUGUGAUUUAAAAAAAAACUCAUAAACGGAGUUUUUUUCAAUUGAUCCAAUAGCCAUGAAAAAUCGAGACAUAUUUUCAUAAGACGUUGAAUUUCUUGAAAAAAUAAUAGCAUUUUCAUAAUAAGAAAAUUUUUACGCCAAAUAAAUUGUCCGCAUACACGGCACUGUUAACUGUCGAAUUUCGUCUUUUUUUUCUGGUAUUAAAUUUACUGCUGACAAAGGGAGAUCAUUGUAAAAAUUUUUAAUUCUUCAAAAACUUGCGUGAAUUUCUCUGUCAGGUCGCUGAAGACAGUUUCUACCUGCCCAAACUUUGAGUUUCGGAUGUGAAUUGCAAAAUAUUGAAUGCAAGCCCUAAUAAUGUGUUGUAAAAAAAUAUUGGAAGAUCAUAUAUAGUCUGUUCAGAUUUUAAAUGUCAAGUGCAAUGACGUCAUUCAAAAACCCUCUGUGGAUGGCUCGCUCUCUGAUUGGUUUAUCGCGCCAUUAGGGGGCGGAGCUUGAGCGACGACUUGACAUUCAGAAUCUGAAAAGACUAUAUCCUAAGAAAAAAAAGAAAAAAAAGCGCAGGUAGCCGUUUUAAGAGAUUUUCAUCUAAACUUAUAGAGAGCAACAUUUUGAAACUUUUUUUUCAAACCGCGACGAAAUUCGCAAAUUCUUUGUGAGAGAAAUACGCUAGUUCAUAGUAUUCUUUCAGUAUCCUAUGUCGCGCAACUUAUGAAUUCGAUGGUCUUCUUCCAAUCCGGCAGAGACGUUGCAAUGGGUUAGUUUCCCUAUUCGGAUCGUUAUUUUGAUCAGAGUUUUUUUAGUUCAUGCCGUUAUGAUGGAUGGUCUCAGAAAGAAGCAAGCCAAACUGCGUAAGUCUGGUUUUUAAAUUGAAAAAAGUUCCAUAUCUCAACAAAAACCAAAUUAAAAUUUUAGUUUGCAGUUCGAAUUUUCGAAAAAAAUUCAUUUUUUCAUGUUCCGAAAAAAUAUUCUAACAGUCUCCAAUUCGGUAUUUUCGCGUCUUUCUCUAGAAAACCGAACAAGGGCCACACCACCUUUUACAACGAGAAAAAGAUUCUCCAGAUUUUUGCAAUCGGCGGGAUAAACGGCAAAGUGUUAUAUGGUGUGUGAUAGGAUCAUUCCUUGGCCUUUUCAAAAAGCCCUCAAGUUCAAGUUCAACCUUCAGCUAAAAGAUCUGAAAAUCACUUUUGAUUACUUGUAGCGCCGGUGUACGGUAUUUUAAUUUGUUUUGGUUUUUUUUGGCGUGAGUGCGUGAGUUUGGUCCAAUUCACGACCAGCACCAACGUUACUGAUUCACAACCGCUCGCGGUUUCGCUCUGUCGCGAACGUUACUAAAAUCCGACCGUUUUUUUUUUCCUUUUUUUCGCGAACGUCACAAAAUCACGACCUUCUUUUUGCUCAAUGGUUUUGAAUUUUUUCAUAUUUAUUUUAAUACCCAUGGUGUCCUUUCAUUUCUCGAGUUAAUAGUAUUUUUUUAAAAUACUUUCAAGGUAUAGCAUAGUUUUAUCAACUCGAUUCUCUGUUAGUAGCCAGUUAAAAAGAAUACAUUCAAUAAUGAUAUCAGUUUAAUUUGAAUAUUGAAAAUUUCUAUAAAAAUUUUGAACUGCUAUAGCGCGGGAAUCGUAAAAAAAGAAAAUGUUUUAUAGAGCGGAAUCAACAAUUAUCUUGUGCAGAUAAAAAUUAUUUACCGAUUUUGAAAGAAACGACUCGGCAAUUGUUAAUGUUUUUUUAAUUACGAGGAGCAGAUCGAUAGGGUAUGAGAUAACGCAUGUUAUCGAAAACUUUUCGACUACAAACUGAUGACCGUUUUAGAAAACCCCCUGGAAAACUUCUUACUGGGGAGUGUACUGACAAGGGCUGUGUGCGCGGUGAACAUCGAGUUAGGAAUUGAGGCUUAUAUGGUAGAUGGACCUAGGGGAGAGUGCUCCAAAACGAAAGAGAAAAUCUGCUAAGCGCCAUAGGGUACCGAGAAAAAGCUCGUCAAAGUUUUGCCGCCACGUAUAUGGCCGCGCUCGGAGUGCUCGGCCAGCAACUGGGAGCGUGGUGAAGUGGCAGUGCUCUUAAAUGGCGCUGACGCUAUGCUAGGUUCGAUUCCUUUUGACGUCAAACUUUUUUUGCCUUGUUUUAUUCAAUUCUUCUACACUCUAUCAUCAAACAAAAAACAGCAAAAAAAAGUUUGAAAAAGUUCUAAUAAUUGGUUCAUGGCUUUCGAGAUCACAACACGAUUGGAUCGAAACAAUAUAAGUGAAAAAUCACUCGUGAAAAAAAAAAGAAACCAGGUACGAGUACGAGCCCGAAACAAAGGAAGACCUGUCAAUGUAAUUUCGCAUUCUCUAUGAAAUUUCAAAAGUUUCGGUGAACAAUAGAACUAACCUUUUGGUAUGAGAGGGGCUUCAAAAAAGGGAAAAUAGAGUCGGUGGAAUUUUUGCGAUGAAAGAUUUCUAAACAGUGAAAAAGACAUAUAAAAUGGUUGAAUGAGACCAGAGGAGCCAGGUGUGAUAUUAUUCACAAUUAUAAAUUUUUUUACACAAGGUAUACAACCUUUUAUUUUAUUUUAUUGUGCUAUCAUCUCGAGAAGCCGCCCGAGCAUCUAUUAUUUGGACGAUUUUUUAGAAGUUUUCGAUGGAAAAACUAAAUUUGACGCAAAAAAAAGUUUUUUUGUGCUUUCUCCUUUCUUCUUUCUCAAAUUUCAAUCAACUCCUUCAAUUCAAACUUUUUUUGCUGUUUUUUUUUGAUGAUAUAUUGCAGAAGAAUUGAAUAAACAAGAGCAAAAAAAGUUUGACGUUAAAAGGAAUCGAACCGAGCAUAGCGUCAGCGCCAUUCAAGAACACUGCCACUUCACCACGCUCCCAGUUGCUGGCUCAGCACUCCGAGCGCGGGGAUAUACGUGGCGGCAAAACUUUGACGAGCUUUUUCUCGGUACCCUAUGGCGCUUAGCAGAUUUUUUCUUUCGUUUUGGAGCACUCUCCCCUAGGUUCAUCUACCAUAUAAGCCUCAAUUCCUAACUCGAUGUUCACCGCGCACACAGCCCUUGUGAGCCCACAGUGUGAUUUCUGAAGGAGACUAGGCUCACCAGUUUUUCAAGCUGAUUACUAAUCUGUGCCCAAAAGUUGUUCUCAAGGCCUGUGAAAAAGAUAUUGACUAUCGAAGUUGAAAAAUUCGAUCUCGCCGAUUGAGCUCAUUUCAGGAGGGUAAAUAGUUCUUGUCCGACUGGUAAUCAAAAAAAAAUUUAAUUCUUCUCAAAAAAAAUUUUGGAGCACGGAUAUGAUUUUCAAAGUCCCUAGUUCGAAAUAACUUACAAGAAUGUAAAGUUACAUACUUUACAACCGAACCGAGCAUAGCGAACUUCUUUCAACAAGCUUAUAACUAAUCCAGAAGAAAUGCAUAAAAGUUUGAACUUAUGCUCUAAAAAUAAAUUUAAGUUUCGAUAGACUAUAUUUAGCAGGUUAUAACAUGUGAGCCUGAAAAUUGCGCGAAAAGUACAAAAAUAUAUUGAUAAACUGAAAUUUUGGAAGCAGAAAUCGUAAAAGAGAGUAAAAGUAUCAUAUGAAGUUUCUUCUUUUUGAAUAUUUCAAUACAGGGGUGCGCAUAAUUAUUGCACGGACUUUCAACUUUUAUAUCUUACAUUCAAAAAUUAUCUCAGGUCAAGUUGAUAGCAUACUUUUUUUGAUUAAGGUAUCAAUGAUAACGGAUGCAAAAUUUUUUUUUUCUCAGCCUUCUCUGGCUUCAGUUACGGACGAAAGACUCUCGUUGAUCCACCUCGAAAAUGGACUGAUUCUUUAGAUGCCAGUCAGAGGUUUUUUAGAUGCCAGUCAGAGGUCCUAGAAAGCUUUUCAAAAUAAUUAUCUUCAAGUUGCUCAAUUCUAAGACCCAUGAAAAGGAUUAGCGCCUGGCCGUAACGCUCUUUCAGUAGCGAAAAACAAAGUCGGGUAUGGUUUUGAGGCCGCCAUUUCGCUAGAAGUAAAGAUUCAAAAGUAAUUCUCAGAAAAUUAUUAGUAAACAACCUAUUGUUCAAAAAAGUACAUAUGAAACAGUAUUUGAUUCGAGAACGAAAAAGUUACAUCGCUCGAAAAAUCCGUGCAAUAAUUAUGCCCACCCAUGUAGAUGCGUGAAAAAAAAAACUUCUUCGAAAACUUUGCGAAAACACCUUAAAAAUAUUUCAAAAUAUAGUAAUAAUCAUUUGAAAAGUUAGGGGAAAUCAUGGGUAUUGAAAAUAAAUAAGAAAAACUUGAAAAAAGAAUAGGCGAAAAAUACAGGUCGUGCUAUAGUGACUUUUGCGAAAAAAAUAGAAAAAAAAAGCGGUCGGAUUUUAGUGACGUUCGCGACAGAGCAAAAUUUUAAGCGAUGGUGAAUUAGUAACGAUUGUUACUAAUUACUGUCAUAUCAUAAUCAGUAUUUUUCUAGAAAGUCUUACGACGGAAUUUCACAAUCGAGCCAUCGAACGCAAUAAGAAAUUUGAAGAAAGGCAGCCUCUAGACCCGAUAAAGAAUUUCUCCCUGAAGAGAACUAUAUGGGAUAAAAAAUUUGAGACUAGUGAUAAACGUGAAAUGACGGAGGAGUUUAUCGAAGCGGGUCAGAAAUAUGAGGCCGUCAAAAAAGUACACCAAGCUGGAAAGGAGUUUGAACCGCCGCAGGGAACUCGUAUCUGGUCGGAUCUUCGACUGAAAGAUCAUGAUAAAAUGGAGAUAGCGAAACUGCCUGAACAGCAAAUGAUCGAGAGAAAUCAAAUACAUUAUGUGAAAAAAAAUCCACCGACGGCUUAUUUGAAAAGACGGCAAAAAGCUGGACUUGAUCCGCCUUCCAAAGUUACCACCAGCGUCGCCAAAACUGAAAAGUCCAAAAUGGAAGAGAAGAAAAAGGAGGACAAAAAGGCAGAAGAGAGGAAAAAAGAGGAUAUAAAGGCAGACGGACCGAAAAAGGCAGAAGCGCCGAAAAAGGACGAUCAAAAAGCAGAAGAGAAGAAAAAGGAGGACACAAAGGCAGAAGCGCCGAAAAAGGACGACGCGAAAAAAGAAGAGGCAGCCAAACAAGGAGAUGCGCCUAUUAAGUGCGUGAAAGUUGAAGAUAUCGUGAAGAGAGUUGUGAAAGAAGAUGAUCCGAAAAUGGUGUUCAUUAUGCCGCACGAGAACAUCCAGCUCGAGAAAUGUCAUCCGCUGUCUCUUUUGAGCCCAGUUCAAGCGAAGUACGACACGUUCAAGACCAAAUCGAAAGUUUUGCGUGGGUUUUUUUUUCCUCUCUUCGACAAUAGUGAUUCACUCACACAUCUAAAGUUUUAUAAUAUAUUUAUUCGAAAAAAAGCGUUUGGUAAGAUAAGAUAGAGAAAUAUCGUUUCAAGGUUUGCUGGUAAAACUUGAAAAACACAUUCGAAGUGUAGGUUUUUUUCUCAAUCGGACCUGAGGCCCGAUCGAAAAAAAUGAGCGGAAAAAAAUUUUAUGACUUCUCAAAAAAAUACACUUUGAUUUAAUUUUUCUCACAUGCAAUUCAAAAAAAUUCUGCUUCUCUAUCUCUGGAACAAGAUCAAAAAAUAUUUCAUUGAAAGUUAUAGAAUGUCUGAAAUUGUUCGUUAAAACUGAAGUGUAGAAAAGUUUUUCGAGGCGAUCCGAGUAAGAAUCAAAAGAUAGAUUCAACCAGAUGAGCAUCUUACGAGGAAAAAACUAUUCCACGAUAGGUCUCGUAGGUGUUGAAAACUUAGAACGAAAAAAAAAACCGAAAACGAAAACACGAAAACAGUUGAUAAUUUUUUUUUUCAAGCGAAGUUUUUGCUUUUUUGAGCAGUUUAUCAGGCGCUUAGCUCAGCUCAAACUUUUUUUUUGAAACUUUUAUUCAGUCUUCAGAGAAGGUUUCUCUGCUGAAUCAUGGAAUCAUUAAAGAGUUGUUUGUCGGUUCGCGAAACUGUUGUUGAUCAAGCGUAGACGGCGCGUAGAGCCUCUCGUCUCUCUUGUGAUAGUAGUAGACGACUUUCGAGCGCUCCGGCGAUCACUGCUUCUCCAUCUCAAACUACUAUAGUAAAAAUUUGAUACAAUACCAUGGGACUAAAUCUUUUGGAAUGGUCUUUUUUUCUGAAAACUAUAUUACGCUGUAUCGAAAUCUGCUCGUGAGAAAAAAAAAUCUUGUGAUACCUCAUAUGUAAAGAAGAAACUUUUCAGGGGAUACGUUCGCAGUUUUUUCGUUAAUGAUGGGAGAACUACAUGAAUACUAUCAUAUUCACGCAAAAGGUAUAAAGAUGCUGUGAGAGAAAAAGUUAUUUUGGUUUUGAUUUCAGUUUGGGCGCUUGUUAACGCAAACGCCAACCAUGUAGAGAUCAGAAUGGUGGAAAACGUGAGACAAAACGCUGGCGACUACGAUAAAAUGAAUUCAACUUGGCCCAUGCAUCCUGGGAUGAAAAAUGAGAAGAAUAAAUCUGCCAUAAAAAAUCGUCCCACCUACCACACUCCAUGUGAGUUUUCACUAACAAAUUUCAUAGUCAACUUUCUAUCCGCUUGAAAUGUAGUGGAAACAUACAUGGGAUAGUCUCGGUGGGACCUGAUAAAGGGGAGAGGACUUGGCGAAAAAAAAACGAGAAAGGGGGGGUGUUGGCGAUUUAGUGUAUACAGUGUUUCAAAACGGGCGAGCGCAGGCGAAAAAAAUGGUCGUCAAAAAGGGUAUAAUCCGACGUUACCAACAUGUUUGAUUUUCAGCAUAAAAGUAUAACCAUUCGAUCCGUCUCGUCGAGAUACGUACGAAUAUCAUAUGAUUAUUCGGCGCUGACCACUUAAAAAAAUUUAAGAUGAACUUUAUUAGUUUUCAAUCAAGUUUGUUCUCAGGAAUAGAAUUGUUUGCUUUGUCUUUUCAUGCACAUUAGUUAAUACAUUACUUAAGAAAAUAGACUUAGUUUUAAGGCUUCACACGGAGGCGAAGCGCGCAUAGCGCGAAGCCAACUGUGGCUCGCUUCGAAAAAAACUGAGCCACAGUGAACAAUUCUUCAAAUAAAUGAAGUACUUGACAUAAAAUGCAUGUAGUUUCAAAACGUGGACACUAAAAACACUAUCAGGUAGCUCUAAACGAAUUGCAAACUUGAUACGCGUAGCAAAAAAAUCUGUAAAAUGUGAUCCCCAAGAAACAAAAAAAUUUAAAGGAGAAUACUGUGGGCUUCAACGCGGGCGGUUAUAGUCUGUUAAGAUUUUGAAUGUCAGCAGCUAACCCCACCCCAUGGCUACAAUAUCUUUCGCGUCAAUGUUUUAUCUACAGAUCACGAUGGCCCUUUGAUAAGGCUGCAUUUUUGACUUCUUUUUCUAUCUUUUAGAUCAAAAAAGAUCAAAAUUAGUCCCGCGUGAUAAAACAUCGACGCGAAAAGGUACCGUCUCAGCAGGGGCGGAGUUAGUUGGUUGAGAUUCAAAAUCUGAACAGACUAUAGAUACAAGUAGGUACCGGGUAGCAACUCAAGUGAAUCGGCGAAACGUAAUCGGUGGUCAUUUGUAUGCGACCGGGUACUAUCUCUAUGGUACCUGGAUAGUACCUGAUCGGUAUCUGGAUGCUACCGGGUAUGUACCCGAAAUUCGCGAUUGCCACUGGCUGGCACAUCGGUCGUUUAUAUAGCAUCAGUGUUUUUUUACACCUACCCAAGCCUUCCAGGGUCUUAUUGGAUAAAGCUGACACAAAAAAUAACGACCCGGGAAGCAAUUCCAGACUUUCCGGUAGAAAUCGCGAAUGUCAGGUAGCUACCCGGUAGCUACUGCAUCGAACUCCGACCCAGGUACCAUAGAGAUAGUACCCGGUAGCAUACAAACGUCCACCGAUUACCAUACGCCGAUUGACUUUUUCAAAAGUUGCUACCCGGUAGCUACUUGUAUCGACUUCUCGAUUCAUCUUUGUUAAAACCUUUGGAAUCAAAAAUCUGGCGCUUUCAUUGAAUAUACCUAACUUUGAGUCAAAUUUCAAAACAAAAUUUUUUCCAUUUAAAUUGUAAAUGCUCAUAUAAGAUUUUGGAUCAAAGUAGACGGCGGGGAACGUUGGAAAAACUCUCCGUUGCCGAGCAAUCAGAGAAACUCUUUGCAUCGGGUGCUAGACGUGUUAGGAGGGUCGAGCCUUUCAGUUCUGACGAGUCGUUUCCAGUUGCCUACGACGAUCUCAAAAGGUUGCGCGCUUCUGCCACUGCCGAAGAGAAGCGGCUUCUGGAGCUGUUGGAGACCGAACACGCAGAGAUGGCGAGCCUCUUGCACGCCGAAGGGCUCAACUACUACUACUGGUUCAACAGUCCGUUUUUCCUCUUUCUUGACACUCUCGACACUUUGCAGACUUAAGAAGAAAAAAAAACAAUAAAUUUCGUAUUCUGAGACUCGUAAAAAGACUAGUAAUAAACUUCAUCAUGUUCCAGAGUACAUUCAUCCCAAACCAACGAUUCUGCCAGGAGAGACCCUCGGCGACGCUAUUAAGAGAUCUUUAAGUAAGUUUAUUAAUUUCGUGUUGUGAUUCUUGUCUCCGUCAUUUUAGGGCGCAAACUGAAGGAGUUUCAAGUUUGAUCGAAUGAGAUAUUUUUCAGAUAAAGAUGAGUGUCACAAUGAAAUCAAAGCUCAAAUGGACUACAUUCAUAACUUGGCAAAUCCCAAGGAUAAUCUCCUGAAACAGCAAAAGGAACUUGCUUCGACCGCUCCGAAAACGUCAGAAGACAAGAACUCGAAGGACAAGAAGUCGAAGGACAAGAAGUCGAAGGAAAAGAGUUCGAAAGACAAAAACUCGAAAGACAAAAACUCGAAGGAAAAGAGUUCGAAAGAGAAGAAACCGAAGAAGGCUUAG